AUGGUUGGCCUUUGGAGAUUUUCGCUCCUUGCAGGGAUCGUCGCGUUCACCCCUGUUCUGACCGCACCCCUGGACAAACUGUCACCGGAGAUCAUCCCGGGCAAGUAUAUUGUCACGCUCAAGCCGGGCGUCUCGCUGUCAGACAUCGAUGCCCACUUGAUCUGGGUCACCGAUGUGCACUCUCGGAGCCUGUCACGCCGCGACAGCAAAGGCGUCGAGAAUGUCUACAGCAUCCGCGACUUUAACGCGUACGCGGGGUCCUUCGAUGCCGCCACCAUCAGUGAGAUCCAGAGGAGCGACCAGGUCGCUGCCGUAGAGCCCGACAAGGUCUGGCGGCUCUACGACGACGUCGGCAGCCUGGCCACGCAGAAAGGGGCCCCUUGGGGCCUCGGCAGCAUCUCGCACAAGAAGCCCAACUUCACAGAUUACGUCUAUGAUUCGGCGGCAGGCCAAGGCACGUAUGCGUACAUCGUAGACACUGGUAUCAGGACGACCCACGUCGAGUUUGAGGGCCGCGCCCAGCUCGGAUACAACGCCUACCCGGGCUCCGACUUUGUCGACAACUACGGCCACGGAACGCACACGGCCGGCACCAUCGGCUCCAGGGCCUACGGCGUCGCCAAGAAGAGCACUCUCAUCUCGGUCAAGGUGUUUGACACCGGAUCUUCAACCACGGCCAUCGUGCUUGACGGGUACACGUGGGCAGUCAAAAACAUCACCGCGUCCGGGCGGGCCGACACGUCAGUGAUCAGCAUGUCGCUAGGCGGGCCGUAUUCGGAGGCGUUCAACACGGCGGUGCACAACGCGUUCGCCGACGGGGUGCUGUCGGUGGUGGCCGCCGGCAACGACGGAGUCGACGCCAACAGCACUAGCCCGGCGUCAGCGCCCGACGCCAUCACGGUCGGGGCCAUCGACGUGACCAACACGCGGGCGUACUGGAGCAAUUUCGGCGCCCUCGUUGACAUCUUCGCGCCCGGCGUCAACGUGCUCUCGUGCUGGAACGAGAACGACACCGACUCGCUCGAGGAGGACGGCACCUCCAUGGCCACCCCUCACAUCGCCGGCCUCGUCCUCUACCUCAAGAGCGUCGACAAGGCCGCCAACGCCAAGGCCGCUGCCAUCACAGCCAAGAUCAAGAGCCUGGCUACCAAGGGCGUCGUGCAGAGCGCUGGCACCGGCAGCCCCAACAUGAUUGCCUACAAUGGAAACGGGCUCUGA